AAACCUCUACCAGUGUCAGGUAAACCAAAGCCUUGACCGGUUAUCCACCUUUCUUUGUUUGAGAACUGGUUUCAGAACUGGUAUUGCGUCGGGUCGAUUUAGAACUGGAUCUACCCUACCACUUUGUUUGGUUGAGUUCACUUAUAAAUUGCAGUUUGAGAUGUUCGCUCGAUUAUUCCAGUCUUGUUUUCCAUCCACCGGUGAAAUGGAUUUAGAUAAUAUUUUAAAUUUCGAAACUCUUAAAUGUCACACGCAAUGUGUAAGUGUCGGAAAGCGUGUUCUGUGUGAAGAGUCGGAGGUGCCGCCGUCGAAAAAAAGACGGGAUGUAUUUAGUGUUGAUUCGUCGUUCGUCCCUCCAUCGGUAUCGGGAGUGAGGGAUAGCAGAAAGAGAGCGCCGUCAGAGGAAAGCGUCAUUUAUGUGGGGAGCGAAACACUCCCCCUAAAUCAGCCACGCAGCGAGAUGGGACGCUUAAUUCUAAAAAUUAAAAAAAAUACAGCGGUGGCGGCGCAAACUUUCAAAGUAGCGGCGGAGGUGCACGCUUCUCCAAGCGUGCAAACAUCAAAACACCACUCUACAUCUUUUGAAGAUAUUUCCGACUCUGAAGACGGGACAUCUGAUCACCCUUCACUUCAAACCUGCAACAAACCCUCUAUCGAGGGUUACCCCUCUAUCGGAGAUAUAUUAAAUAUCUCCGAAUUGGGAUCAUCACCUGAAGAGGGGUUAACACAGACACAUAUAACUCAACCCCAAGCUGAAGAGGAAAUACCCAUGAAACCUAUGACUGAGACCCAAGUCUGGGAAAAAGAGCUUAUAUCGAGAACAGAGCCGUCACUCACUAAUGUAGUGACGAGAGUUCUCCAAAUCCCCAACCGCGCAGAAGCUUACCACCAAGCAUUAUGUGAGGAUUUUAAGGGAGGACUUGUGUCGGCUCUUGAACGUCAUCAAGACCGCAUUCAGGAAAGGUUAAAUGAGAAUUUAAAGGAAAGUGAACUCCUUAAAAAAGCCAUCCAAAACAUUUUUUCAUAUGGUGAAAAAAUUUCCGAGGCUUUUCACGAGGAGAAUAUCCGGCUUUCACAGGAUCUCAUUAAUAUAAAAGCUUCCCUGGCCAAUGCUGUGAGGUCAGAUUCUCGAGACUUAUUCAACAAAAAUGUCGCUGGUGAUGUCCUGAGAUGCGGGAUGCGGGAUGAAGGUGCAUAAAGCGGUAUAUGUUGUAUUCUACCCCGUAGGUGGUCCCUGCAACCCUGUAUAGUUAGUAUUAAUGAUUUUAAAAGUGUAUAUAUUGGAUCAAUAUUUGUAUUUAUGUUUAUUUUUAGUUAGUAUUAAUUAUUUUUUAAGUGUAUAUAUAUUAAAUUUUAUAUUUAUGUUUAU